AUGGGUGCGUGGACAAAUUUUGUUGACGGCUUCAAGCCAGAGGUCACCGACGAGAGCGCGUCGGACUCGGUUCCAGCUUACGCCGAGAAGGACUCCAAGGACUUCGAGACUAACGCCGUUGCUGGCUUCAAGGACCCCAAAGACGAGACUGGUCUUAAGCGUAGGCUCACUGGUCGUCAUGUCCAGUUCAUUGCCCUGGGUGGUUCGAUUGGUACCGGUCUCUUCAUCGGCUCUGGAGGCGCUCUUGCCACCGGUGGCCCUGGUUUCCUUAUGAUCGACUUUAUUCUCAUCGGUAUCAUGCUUCUCAUGGUCGUUAUGGCCCUCGGUGAGCUUGGUGCUAUUUUCCCCGUCGCCGGAUCCUUCGCUGCCUACUCUACACGUUUCAUCGAUCCCGCCGUCGGUUUCGCCAUGGCCUACAACUACUGGCUCCAGUGGCUCAUUGUGCUUCCCCUCGAACUUGUCGCCGCAUCCAUCGUCAUUGUCUUUUGGGAUCCCAAUGAGACUGUUCCCAAAGGUGUUUGGAUCGCUGUCUUCCUUAUCAUCAUCACCAUCAUCAACUUGUUUGGCGUCCGAGGCUACGGUGAAUUCGAAUUCUUUGGCUCGCUCGUCAAGGUUCUUGCCGUCAUCGGCUUCAUCAUUGCUGGUGUGGUCAUCAACGUCGGCGGCGGUCCCGACGGCAAGUACUACGGUACCGAGACGUGGCGCAACCCUGGUGCAUUUAACAACGGUUUCAAAGGCUUCUCCUCUGUGUUUGUCACGGCUGCCUUUGCUUUCGCUGGAACCGAGCUCAUCGGACUCGCUGCCGCCGAGACCGCCAACGCGCGCAAGGAGAUCCCCAAGGCUGCCAAGCAGAUCUUCAUGCGUGUCACCAUCUUCUACGUCGUAUCGCUCCUCGUCGUCUCUUUCCUCGUCCCUUACACCAACCCGGCUCUGCUUGGUGGCUCCUACGAUGCCAGGGCUUCCCCAUUCGUUAUCGCCGUCGCGAAUGCGCGUAUCUCGGUGUUGCCAAGUAUUCUUAAUGCCGUAAUCCUGAUUUCAGUACUUUCGGUUGGUAACUCGGCAGUAUAUGCUGCUUCGCGAACGCUGCAAGCCAUGUCAACCAUCGGCCAGGCUCCCCGAUACUUCAGCUACAUUGACCGACAGGGACGUCCUCUGCCCGCUGUUAUUCUCUCGCUCAUUUUCGGCCUGCUGGGCUUCCUCAUCUACGCUGGUGAUGACGCGCGUGGUCUCGUGUUCAGCUGGCUUCUCGCCAUCUCGGGUCUCUCAACCAUCAUCAGCUGGCUCUGUAUUUGCAUUUCCCAUGCCCGCUUCCGCCAGGCAUGGACUCGUGCUGGCCACACUUUGGAGGAGCUCCCCUGGAAGUCGCCUUUCGGCAUCUGGGGUUCCCUCUACGGUGCUUUCUUCAACGUUCUUGUCAUUAUCGUCACGUUCUACGUUUCGGCCUUCCCCAUCGGAGAGGGCGAGAUGUCGGCCACGGAACGCGCCAAUGCCUUCUUCCAGAGCUUCCUCUCGGUGCCCGUUGUCGUCUUUGUCUUCUACCUGCCUUACAAGUUUUUCAUGCGAAGCAAGUAUGUCGACAUUGACGACAUUGACAUUAGCACUGGUCGCCGCGACCCUGUGCCCGUCGAGGUGCUCCGCCGCGAGCGCGAGGAGGCAGCUGCGUUGCCCAUGUACAAGAAGGUUUGGCACUUCUUGUUCUAA